GUGACUUGACUGAUGCCAAAACAAAGGAUGGAUUUGGGUCUGAUCAGUUUGAGGUGGAGUGGCAAACUUACCAGACAAUCUUAAAAAGAUCUAAGAUCAUGGAAAAAACGAAAUGGAUAGAUAUAAAAGGAAAUCAUGAUACAUUCAACGUACCUAGCCUGGAGAGUGUUCGUAAUUACUACAGAAAAUAUUCUGCAUGGCAGAAAGAUGGCUCCUUCCAUUAUGUUCAUAAAACAUCUUUUGGAAAAUAUUCUUUUAUCUGUGUGGAUGCAAGUCUUAAUCCAGGUCCCAGGAGACCCUUCAAUUUCUUUGGGAUGUUAAAUGCGAAUAAAAUGGAGGAGUUGUCUGCAUUAAUCUCAGAAAGCCAUGAGAGUAACCACACAAUUUUGUUUGGUCAUUACCCUACUUCAUCAAUCAUCUCUGUAUCUCCAGGGGUACGAGAAGCCAUGCGUUUUGCCUUAGUUUAUUUGUGUGGGCAUUUCCAUACAUUGGGUGGCCUGAUGCCUGUCCUUCAUACUCGUCAUCCUGAUGGGACUUUAGAACUGGAGUUGGGAGACUGGAAGACUAGCAGGAAGUAUCGGAUUCUUGCUUUUGAUCACGAUCUCUUCAGUUUUGCUGACCUGAAAUUUGAAGAAUGGCCUGUAGUUCUUAUCACCAAUCCUAAAUCAUACCUUUAUAGUAGCUAUGCUCAUGAACCACUGCAGAGAAUUCUUCAUUCUACCCAUAUUAGAAUUUUGGCCUUCUCUCCUUCUCCUAUCAAAUUUGUCAAGAUCAUGAUUGAUGACAUUUAUCUUGGAGAUGCUAUUCAGGUGUCUGGACCACUCUAUGUCCUGAAAUGGUCCCCCCAAAAGUACAGUCACGGAUUUCAUCAGAUAGCUGUAACUGUUGCAGAUAUCAGUGGUAGAAGUGCCACUCAGUUUCAUACAUUUGCUAUGGAGGAAAACCUUUCUCUUAAAUUUGGUCUUUUGGCAUCUUGGCUGCUUCUUACUGACCACUAUAUAUGGGUACGAACACUCUUUGUAUUGACAAUUAUAUUUCAAGUUGCUUUGCUGAUUUUUUUCCGGUUUCGAGCAAAACCUAAAUUUAAAAAACCUCCGGGUGUGGCAGUACGAACCUCUUUUUCUCUUCAUGUCCUGAGCAAAAUAGAUUUAUUCUUCUACUCGUUUCUGGUGCUGAAUUUAUAUACUGUUCUAGGACCCUGGUUCAUUGGUGAGCUUAUAGAAGGUCAUGUGGGCAUCUGCUUUUCUUUUGGGUUAAUUGUUAAUGGCCAGUUCUUUGAAGGCAGCUCAACCUUCCUUGUUGGAAUUUUACAGGUGUUAUUUUUCAACCUACCACUGAUGGCGUACACAUGUUGGUGCCUGUUGCUGCGUUGCCAAGGCCAGUGUUUUCGUUCUCAUCUGUAUCUUAUCAAACCAUAUUGGACUGUGCCCAUCCAUUUAAUCAUGUUACUUCUAUUUUUCUGGCAAGUCUUUUCCUGUUACUUCUUACUGAAGACAUAUGGAAUUCUUUCUUUUUUUCUCUCUCCAAUGAGAACUUGGGUUGCUGCACUAACCCUCUUCCUGGUCUACAGAAUUUGGGCAAUGGAAUCUAUUUUGCUGAGAACCUUUACUGUAAAUAUGAAGAACUACCAAACUUCCUGAUGCUUCCUUUUUUCAGGAGCCUGAAGUAUACAUUCACUUAAACUGUUAAGUGAUAAAUCUGUGAACUACUUCUAGUUUGUAUGUCUUAUGUUCUGAUUGCAUAGGCAAUUGAUUAUGAAGGUCAGGAUUACCAUGAAACCCCUUCUGUGCUGCUCUGUAAUAAAACUUUUAGAAAAAAGUGACACUAUUUGCCUCAGGAAAUGCUUUAUUAUAUUUAUAUUAAUACUGUUUUUGACAUACUGUUUUAAUGCUAGACAAAAUAUAUGGACUAUUGUAAUGUUUUGUUAAUUGUUUCUACUUUUGUGUGUUUCUUUAUCAGAUGAUUUACCUAAAAAUGGGAUAUUUGCCCUUUGCUGAAUAGUAAUUGACUCAGCCCUAAUUAAAAGCCUGUUAAGUCAUGUCAAUCACCUUUGCCCACUUUCCUUUUCAAACCCAGUCCUUUCCCCAACUCCAGCCUCCAUUUUUCAAAAAUGUUUUUCAAACUAUCCUGGGUUUUAACAAAAGUUCUAUAGUCUUUAUGUAUAUUGUACUGUAACAGAUUUCAUGAGAAGAAAAAAUGAUAUAAUUUCUUUGGAUAUUAUUUAUAACAAUUUCUGAAUUGUUAAUAUGAUGCCCAAAUGAUUGCAAUAGACUCAUAAUCAGAGUUAAUGAAAGGCAUUGCCUUUGCUUCAGGAAGUACCUCACUACUUCCUAUCUCUCUUCAGAGUCAGAGUAUGCUGUGCAAACCUGGCCAUGUGGCUUAUAAACUGAAUUAAAAUCAAACUUUUAUUUUGAUUUAGCCUAUUGUGUGAACCUUAAUAAAUAGUGUUUUGUUUUUCAAAUAAUUAAUGUUUAAGCAAACGAUACAUGUAAAGGCCAUGGUUUAAUAUAUGAAUUCAGAUGAAAAUGUUUAUGCCUUCUGCAUGCUUGCAUAUGGACGAUAGCGUGGUUUCCUCUAGUAAUUUCAGGUAGGUAGGAUCCACUGAAAUGCACACAAUUUCUUUCAAAGCUUUCUGGAUUAUUGCCAAUAUUAAUGUUGCAUAUGUACAGUGGGGCAAAAAAGUAUUUAGUCAGCCAAGAGCCAAGGUGGCGCAGUGGUUAAA